AAAAAAAAAAAAAAAAAAGAAAAAAGCGAUUAAGAGAUUUACCGAACUAUAAAAUUGCAGAUGCAAGAACGGUACAAAAUUGCUUCUAUCAAAAUUGAACGAAAUUCAGUUUAUACAUUCGUUUAUCAUUCAUUCCUGCGAUACUGUUGUUAUUGCAUCAGACACCUUUCGAGGAGUUGUGCUUAGUCAUCGUUUCAGAGUAAUCAAAGUCAAAAAUUUAAUUAUUGAGCCGUUUGCUUUCCGCGGAAUACUUCAAUCACCGCCAGAAGUGAUCUUUGAAAAUGUUCAGUUCUAUCGCAUAGGAACAAACGCAUUUUCUCACUUAGGAAACCUAAGAUAUCUCUGGUUUCGAAAUGUAACAAUUGAAACGGUGUGUACUCAUGCAUUUCAAAACCUGAAAAGCGUGGAGUAUUUUUAUUUUCGAGAUGCUUCGAUAUCCCGUGUUGACGAACAAGCUUUUGGUCGUCUGCAACAAAUUAGUCACCUAUUUUUUCGUGGCAGGAUAGUUAUCAAAUCGCUUGGUGAUAAUAUUUUUCAGAAUUCUGCAAUUAAAUAUUUAGUUUUUGAAGGAGAUUUAACCACUUCUAAAGGUUUUUUGAAAAAUGGCAGUGAUCAAUCAAAUUCUGUUUCUGGUCCAUCGUCAGCAGACGUCGUUAAGGUGCUAAAUUCUACCACUAGAUUAUUAGACUUAACUAUAUUCUCUAACGUCUCUGCAGUAAAAGUAGACGGCUGUAAGAUUGAUGUCGUCGGUACUUAUAGCGAAAUUACGGCAGAAGGUAUUGAAAAAGUUUCGAUACGUAAUUCUCGAAUUAACAGAAUUUCUAAUUUAACUGUUGUUGAUCUUGAGGAACUAAAAUUUGAAACCAGUCAUUUAAAUUACAUAUCUACGCAUGCAUUCCGCUUCUCAGAAAUUGGUGAAGUGACCUUCAAACAAACCAAAAUUCGAGAGCUUAGCCUACGAUGUUUUGAAAAAUUUCAAACUACAUCACUGUCUUUUGAUUUCUGCUGGGUCGGCACUAUUUCAAGCGAACUUUUUCCUUAUGUAACUAUGAAGCAAUUUAUUGUGAACAACACGCAUGUUGGAGUCAUUGAAAAGAACAGCUUUAUCAAUUAUUCUGCUGAAAAAAUUGAAAUUCUAAAUUCAAAAAUAAACGAAAUCAAAACAUCGCCAUUCUUGGACGCUGAGGUUAAUCAGUUGAUAAUGAAGAAUAAUGAAUUUCUCGGUGGUGACUUCAAGACCAUGUUUUACGGUACCGACGCUCAGUCCUUAGAUGUUGCUAACAACAGUUUUGUUUGUGAUCAGAACGACUGCGAAACAAAUGCACUGUUUAUGUCGAAGAAUUUGGAUCAUAUUUCUUGGAAUUUUGAGUCAAAUUUUUGUGUCCAACCUGAAGCCUGCAAAGCGGCACCGCAGUGGUCUAACAAAAAUAUGUUUUGUAGGUUUUCAAGAAGUGUUGUUAAGUGUUACUGUAAAAACGAUAGUCCAGCUGUAGUUCCUUUGGUGAACACUUCAAUUCUACUCAUAUCUGACUGCGCUUUUCUAAAUCUUAACUCAGAAGCAGGAUUAUUUUUGUCAAAGUUAUAUAUAGUUUACUCAAACCUAAUCUUGAUUUACGACCUUCCACGCCACUUGAAAUCGUUAACUAUUCUUCAGUCAAAAGUUAGACUAAAGAGUAAUGCACUGCGAAAUGCAAAGUUGAAAAAAUUUGAAUUAAUUUCUUCUAAGAUAGAUAGUUUCGAAAGUUUUGCAUUGAAGGAUGCGACAGUAGAAAACUUUCUGGUUUAUGAUAGUAGUCUUGAAGAUGCUGAAUUAAACGCAUUUGAAGGAACAAAGAUUGCAACAUUUCUAGGCAACAAAUCUGAAUUUCAUAAAAUGGGGACACUUUGGAGCUCAGUAGAGAAUGUAACACUUUUUAACAGUUCAGUUACUGAACCCCAGCAGUUACUGACAGCCAAGCUGCUUUGUUUCAGAACUUUACUGUUAUUAUUAACUCGGUCAUACAGAAAUGAUUGUGAUUUAAAUUUCGAACCGCAACUUGUAAGACACCAUUUGCAGCAAGGCAAAAUUUCCUAA